GGAGGGGGAGCGCAUGGCAGGCGCUGGGCGUCGGUCAGGCUGUGAGUGGUGCUGGGGAGUGGUGGUGUGUGGAAACGCUGUCGUGCAGAGUGGCACAAUGGAUGAAACUGAAGGGUUCCCCAGCGAAAAAUCUCAAAACGAGAUUCUCAGAAAUUCCAUGCCAGAAGGAGACCCAAACUCCAACACUGAUAUCACCAAAGAAGAGGAAAACAAGCCCAGAUGGGGUCCGAAUCACAAGGGUGCAAAGGAACUUGCAAACCUCUACACAUCAGGGAAGAGGCUGCAAGAGGUGGUCUGUGUUUGGCUUGGCCUGGGUCUCAUGGCCACAAACCUGCUGCUGAUGAUGCGGUACCUGCGCCUGGAGGCAGCACCAUCUAUGGUGCUGUGUGCUCUCCUGGGAAUGGUGACAGCUGAUUUUGCCUCGGGGCUGGUGCACUGGGGUGCGGACACCUGGGGCUCAAUUGACAUGCCCAUCCUAGGAAAGAACUUUCUGCGGCCGUUCCGGGAGCACCACAUCGACCCGACGUCGAUCACGCGGCACGACUUCGUGCAGACCAACGGCGACAACAUCGCGCUCACGCUGCUGCCGCUGUUCUGCAUGUCGUACGACUUCGCCACGCUGCCGGAGCCGCAGAUCUACGCCAACUACGCCUGGUACUCGUACCUCUACCUGCUGGCCGUCUUCGUGGCACUCACCAAUCAGAUCCACAAGUGGUCGCACACCUACUUCGGCUUGCCGUGGUACGUGACGCUGCUGCAGGACUGCCGCGUGAUCCUGCCGCGCCGCCACCACCGCAUCCACCACGUGGCGCCGCACGAGACGUACUACUGCAUCACCACGGGCUGGCUGGACUGGCCGCUGGAGCGGCUCGGCUUCUGGGCGCGACUGGAGGCGGUCAUCCAGCGGCUGACGGGCGCCGUGCCGCGCGACGACGACAUGCGCUGGGCGCAACGGCGCACCUGAGGCGUUGCUCCGUGAUGGCGCGCUCCGGUGUCCGACCAGCGUGCGUAGCACAGCGCGCCGGCCGCUCGCGCCGUCCGCGGGCGGCGGCCGCUGAC